AUGGAGAAUAUAGAAAAGUGUGCAUACGGGGGUAACAGGACUGGAUACUUUCAAGUCACUUCAACACUAGAUCAACAAUCGCCACACUUCUCUCGUUCUCAAGGAGUACACGCUCUUGGAAACGCUUAUGUUUUUGGUUGUCUUGGAGAUUCGACUAAUCAACAAUUCAUGAAUGCUAAUGUUAGUGGAACUCCCAUUGGAUUCCCACCCAUAAAUUUGAGCCAACAAAUCACACGAUCACAAAGCUCCCAGAAUAAUGCUACACAAAAUUCAAUUUCAAGUAUUGAGGUUAAUUCUCCUUCAAAAGAUGGAAAACAUACGAAUGAAGGGAAGAAACGAAAGUCAUCCGGGAACAAAGAAAGUCUGACAGGAGGGAAAAAGGGAACUAGUAACAAAAAAUGGAAACCUCCACAUAUCGAGGCAUUAAUUUCUUGCUUGGUAGAACUUGCAAAUAAUGAACCACUUACGAACCGAACCCUCAAAGUCAAGUGGAAACUUAUUUGUGAAGCAAAAAAGCUUAGUGGAGCCGGAUGGGAUGAAGAGAGUAAGAUGAUUACACUUGACACUACGACAUAUGCUGAGCUUAUCGAGAGACAUCCAAAAUACAAGCCUUAUUUGAAUUGUCCAAUUCCAAGAUAUGAAGAACUUCGCAUUAUUUGUGGGGAGGAUCAUGCUACUGGAGAAUUCAGAGAGACAAGUUAUGACCCUGACAUUGAUAAAGAGAUUCCAACUAUCAAUAUCGACGAAGAUGAUCUUGUAGAUAAUCUUGGUAUGGAUGGAGUUCGUGUAUCACAAUUAAAUGGAGUGGAGCCUUCGAGCAUUUUUAUCAAGCCAGGAACUGUAAGCAGUAAAUCGUCUCGUCCAGUAAAGAAGAAGAAAAGGAAGGACUCCCAAAUAAUUAUUGGUGAGAAACUUGUGGAGGAAAUGGGAAAGGUAGCCACUGCCAUUGUUGGUUUGAAGGAGAGAACUUGGGUUGAGGUUCUUGCUGAUAAGGUUUUUGGUUUUCAAGAUAUUUCCAUAGAUGAUCUUGAACUGGUUUUCGAUGAAUACUACAAGAAUGAAGUUGAAGCGAAGGCUUUUAUGGUAUUGCCCGAACCAAUACAGAGAAAGAGGAUUCUUAACGUGUUGGAGAGGAUAGGUAGGCGAUCAACUUUGGACAACGAUCAGAGAGGAACUGCUAGUUUCAGAAACAUGGACACCCCUUAA